UUCGCUUUUAUCGAGCUUCUUGAAAUAUCUAAAGAUAUAACAUGUUUCCCGUCGUUUCGUUUCAUCCAUGUCGAUUCUUUCAUACAUGCUACCUGUAGUCUAACUCAGUAACAGAACAUAAUUUUGAAUUUUAUGAACUGAAUAGUAAAAUGUUGCCUCGGAAAUUUCCUCGCUACGUGCUCCUGUUUCUUCUUGUGUCGCCCGCGCUGUCGAAACCGCUAAAUGCCCUGGAAAGGAUAGCUGGCGAAUCGAAAAGCAACUUUUGGAGUUCGUACGAAGAAGCCAUGUCUCGUUUGGGCGGCUCCACUGCACAUCCUACCAAGGGCAUCCUACCGGGACCUCUAGUUCCUAUGGAAGACGCUCAUCCUUCCUUGACGAGAAAUGAAAAUUUUAAUUCUGCACUGAAAAGCUCUGCAGCUGAGAUAGAUGAUCUCGUAUCUUACAAAGAUCAAUCGCUUCUUGAAAUAGAUAUCGAAAAACCUGGAGCAUCAACUGGAAAUGAUGAUGGUUCGAAAAGAAAUACAAUUCCCCGAGCAUAUCUUACGGCUCUCGAUACUUCAAGAAGUGUAAACAACGAGGAUUCAGUAACAGCCGCGGAUGAAAUCCUUGGAACUGCAACUAGUAUCGAUGAUAAUGAGUAUCAGUCAACUGAGAAGGUUUUUGCGGAAUCUAGAGGCGAUGCAAAUCGAGUUUCCAUGACGUACUCCCCGCAGGACCGGAUAGCUGGUGCAGACGGUUUGAGCCUGGAAAUGAACAGUACAGCGGACGAUGCUGGGAAAAACAAAUCUGGUGAGAUUGUGAAUGCCAUCAUCUCGACGGUCCUCAGCCUGAGCGGCAACCAAACCGACCUACAAGAUUUGGUUAACGGGACUGAUUUUAAUCGUUUAAACUUUUUCGGUGACUUGGGACAGUUCGAAGACAGUAAACCUGAUGUUGCAUAUGGAGAUUUCCUCAGACAAGGGUCGGGACCUAUGAAGGCUUCUUUUGUUCAGUUUUAUAAAAAUUCGGUUUCAGGCGGUCGUUUCAACGCCUCAGUUAGCGAUUCGGAAGGAUCGCUUCCGCUGAAAACUAUAAACUUUAAUGCAAGUGAACUUAAUACUUCUACUUCACUCAAAUCUAAUGCACAGCCAAUACUCAUGAACUACACAGUGACAAUUUUGCGAAAUAUAACCCAAGAUUUCAACUCAUCAAGAUCUACUGAACUUACGGGAAAUGCAACUUUAAAUUCAUCAACGACUUUUGCACCUCCAGUUCGUGCUAACCCAGCUGACCUCCGAAUAGAUAUUCCUCCUAUUUUCCCGAUUAUUGUGCCUCAAGUUAAUGAACCAUCUAACCUAAGGUACGACCCAGAACCAUCUCAGUUCGAAUCUUUAGUUCAGGCCAUUCAGCACCCGAGUCUACUCACGGUUGGCAUGCUCGACUUUGCCAACACUGUUGGUCUGAUGGGAGGCAUUGUAUCCCUGCCAUUCUUGCUUGGGAAAAGACGCAAGAGAAACGCCCAACAUCCAACCGAGAACAUUUUUCCCGAAAUUUUGAACCAACUCGAGAUCCCGAACUAAGUUCUUUUCAAUGCACGCGCUACAUUUAAUUGAGAAUUUUUGAACCAACUCGAGGUCAGGAACUAAGUGAUUUUCGUUGCAAAUAACUUUUUAAGCUUAACAUUACGUUAUUUAUCGCUAAGACGACGAUAAUUCGAUAUGUGAGCAAAAAAAACUCCUAAUCGCCAUUUUCGAUUGCAGCUUCUUGAAUUAUAAAUUUAAAGCUGUAUUGAGCUGCUUAUACAUCUCAAAUGAAAGUAACCACUUUUGCACACUCCACUCUCGUAUAUAUACUAUCACGUAUGUAAAAUUUGGGCUAGGAUCCUCGCAGAAGUUCAAAUCACUCUUUGCAUUGAAACAAGAAACACUAACUUUGCAUCUAUCGCACUAGGACAAGAGUGAAUCCGCUCAAUUUCAAAAAGUUUAACAGCAUUUCUAUUUUUAUUAUAAAAAUCACGAGCCAAAAUGUGUUUCAUCUACAACUCCGCUUCACCUCAAAGAGUAGAAGAAGUACAUAGGUUGAAUUUAACUCUAGUAGAGUAGAAUGAGAAAAAAUGAAAUACUAGAUUGUAGAUUCAACUGUUUAGUGAAUAUAUGCCUGCAAGUUGUUUAUUUAUAUUGCAUUCAUUGUAUCUGUUUUCGCGCAACAUUCGGGACAAGAAUAACAAAUUUUUUUUAGAGUUAGUGGUGAUCUUGUGUCUUCAUUAUCACAUCAAUA